CAUURUAUAUAUUAUUCAGACAACUAUUUUAGUGGUCUUUCAGCCGAUUUGUCGCCACAAGUGUUGUGUGUUAUCACAGUUGUUGGCGUCGUUAUUGUGGUCCGUCGUCUAUCACGACAGCAGUUCAUACUAUCCGGUUGUCUGACCACUGGUCUGUGACCCCAAAUAGCAUCGUUAAAAUUGUCAGACCGUAGUUGUCGGCCGACGAAAACCCAAAUUAAGAUGAUUGUCACCGAACCGGUUCAGGCCACCAUACAGUUUGCAUUGAAACACUACGCCUAUAACGACGCGAUAUUUUUGGCCGAAAGACUUCACUCCGAAGUAUCAUCGGAUGAAUCGCUUCAUUUGUUGGCCACCUGUUACUAUCAAUCGGGUAAACCCAACGCUGCCUUCUCUAUACUGGCCAGUAGUGAUUCGCGGACAUCGCAGUGUCAGCUAUUGUUGGCCCGAUGUUGUUUCGAUCUCAAGAAAUACAAUGAGGCUGAGGAAGCACUUGUCGGUAAUCUCCGUAAUGAUCGCAAUAGCAGCCGAUCGUUGGUCAACACGUUUACGGUGGAAGAGCUGCGCAAAGAGUUUGGCGAAAGCGCUUCAUUUGCGGCUCAACUGUUGGCACAGAUCUGCGGCAAAAUUGAGAGACAUUCACAAGCAAUGCAUUACUAUAGGGAAAGUCUGAAAGCGAAUCCAUUCCUGUGGUCGUCUUAUGAGAAUCUGAUUCAAUUAGGAAACAAAGUGGACCCGAAAGAGAUAUUUAAUAUAACAAAUGUCGAGUUUAGCCAAUGUCUUGGAUCUAAUCCUUUAGUUAAUCUCUUGAAUGCAAACGGCAAUUCAAAUGCAAACAUUAAUCGAUUAAAUGACACAAAUUGUAUAACUAGUCAUUUGCAGAGCAUUAUCACUAAAUGUGAGAUAACCUCACCGUUUGCUGUAAUUAAGAACACCAACGAAAACGGUACUAUCGAUGUGAUCACACCAGAGAACAACCAGUGGGUGACCGCCGCAUGUUUGGCCCCACAAAAGCUCAAUAAUAAGAUUACCAGAAAGUCGACGACAACAAUGAGAAAUGAGAAUGUAAUCAACAAGAAUCUACUUAACUCACAGACAACACCCGUCGCCCGACACUGUUUUGGCGUAUUUCCGUUGACCGAUAUGCCGACCAUAACAAUCAAAUCGGCUGUCGAAUCGGACAACUGCCAGAAUACACAUUCCGAUGAAUUACAGGCCAAAAAGCCACACACCCGGCGAAGUCAACAGCAAAUACAACAGACACAGCCAUCAGCUAUUGGUACUCAGUCUACGAGAAGCAACGCUUUUAAGUUACAACUCUCUAAUAACCAACACUCAGAUUCUGUGUCUACCGUUAGUUCACUAUCGGGUUCUCCCAUACAGUCACAGUCAUUGCGCCGAAGUUCCCGAUUAUUUAGUUCAUCGCAGAGUUCUAUUAAAGAGAAUACCGGCAGUAAAGCGCCGACUAAACUGAUUGCAAGACCGCGUACACCAACCAAACGUACCAAACGGACGAAUAGCUCAACUAAUAUAUCUUCGCUGACAAACAAUAGUUCUAUUCUUCAGAAAGAAACCGAUACUGAAUUGAAUGAUAUAAACAAAUCCGAGAUUAAUAAAAACGUUUCAAAUUAUGACUUAAUGCAGACUGGAAUCAAAAUGCAAAAACAGUCAGCGAAAGGUCUAUUGGAUCUGUUGGUACAGUUUGGCACUGCAUUACAGCAUUUGGGACAAUUCAGAUGUAAAGAUGCCAUAAAAGCAUUGGAGAAUCUGCCAGUAAAUCAUGUGAACACUGGAUGGGUGCUAACAUCAUUAGGUCGGGCCUACUUUGAGAUGUCCCGCUAUGAAGAGUCAGUCAAAUAUUUUAUGGAAGCUCAUCGUCAUGAACCACAUCGACUUCAUGGUAUGGAGUAUCUAAGUACCGCUUUAUGGCAUUUGCAACGAGAAGUGGAGCUCUCGACGUUAGCUCAAGAGCUAAACGAUUACGAUAAAGACUCGGCACAGACCUGGUGUGUGGCCGGCAAUUGUUUUUCGCUACAGAAAGAACACGAAACAUCAAUAAAAUUUCUUCAACGGGCCAUACAAGUGGAUCCCGAUUUUGCCUACGCCUACACAUUGUUGGGUCACGAGUUAGCCGUUACCGAUGAGAUGGACCACGCGAUGAGCUGUUUCCGUAACGCCACGCGUAUUGAUCCGCGCCAUUACAACGCGUGGUACGGCAUUGGAAUGAUAUACUAUAAACAGGAAAAGUUUCAAUUAGCAGAAUUACAUUAUCGUAAAGCGUUAGACAUAUCGCCGUUUAGUCCGGUACUCAUGUGUCACAUCGGUGUCGUACAGCACGCGCUCAAACAGAGCCAUAAAGCAUUGGAGACACUGGAACGGGCCAUCGAUAUGGACCCGAAAAACGCAUUGUGUAAGUUCCAUAAGGCGUCCAUUUUGUUUGCACUCGACAGACACGACAGAGCCCUCGAGGAGUUGGAACAACUCAAACAAAUUGUGCCAAAAGAGUCGUUAGUCUACUUUCUUAUAGGAAAGGUACAUAAGAAGAUGGGUGACACCCAUUUAGCACUAAUGAACUUUUCGUGGGCUAUGGAUUUGGACCCCAAGGGUGCCAACAAUCAAAUCAAAGAGGUUAUCGAUAAACAGUAUGCAAAUGAUGAUGAAGAAGUGGUCGUUCACUUGGAUCCAACUGAGACGGGAGGUGACAAUACAUCACGGCUUCGCUCUAACUCAUCCUCAAUGGAAGCCGAAGACUCUAAUAAUGAUGUCGAGGCCAUGAUUGACGACAGCACUUGAAAAUUGCAAUGGAUUUAUUUUAUUAGUUAAUAUACAUUAAAUAAAUAUACAGUAUAUUA